AUGACCAGAUGGCGAACCAAACCCGGUUUUCUACAACCACAAACAAACAUAAUCAUAAACCCCAUUUCUCUUUCAUUUCCUCAUUUUCAACACCACUCCGAUCACCGGAUUCCGGUGACCGGCAACAAUUCAUAAACCCUUCCUUCAUGGACUCUCACUCCCAAUCCCAAUCUCAAUCCCAGGACCCCCUUCCCCCUAAGAACAAAACUGGAAUAAUCGCUUUCGUCGUUCUCCGAUGGUUUAUCGCAAUUCUAUUACCCUUCGUUUUCUUGUUCUCUGUUCCUUUUAUUUUGGGUUUAUUGCUUCUCAUCCUCGCUGAUUUCUCUGUCCCUAAUCCCAUUUCUCUUCCAUCUCACUGCAAAAUCGUCUCCACCGGUGUUGAUAUUAGAUCAUCUAAGAUUUGUGAACUUGGAUUGUUAGAUUAUAAAGCAAAGGAUGUUUUUCGUCAUUUUGAAAGAAGCAAAUUUCGCUGUCGUUAUGAUUACUACUGGGCAUCAGUAUUCAAGGUGGAAUACAAAGAUCACUUUUCAGGUCAGAGACAAGUUGCGUUUGCUGAGGCUCCGAGUGAAGCCCUUCCUCUUUAUUGCAGGCCUAAUUUUGGGGCUGCAUGGUUGACACAGUACAAAUUUAAGGUCAAUGAGACUUAUGAUUGCUGGUACACAUCUGGCAUUUCCAAAGUUCAUUUAUAUCAAGAAAAUCUCUUUGGUUGCCAUGCUGACGAGCAGUCUGCUAUUGAGAAAAUUAUACAAUAUUUUACCCAGGCCAUGGAAACAAUAAAUUAUUCGUUUUCCGAUAAGGGAAGGAGGGCCAAGUAUUGGAGGUGGGAAAUAUUAGUCGGUGUCAUCUCCGGAAUUGCAACAUCUUUGAUCACCGUAACCUUUAUUAUGUUCCUCAAGCUACUGCUAUCUUCAUUACGUCGACCUUUUGCAGCAUGGAUACUUUCUUGGCGUGUCAAUGCUGUUCUCAUCAGGCGCACUUGUUUUCUUGUUGCAUACAUAUCUUUUGUGGCUUGGUUAGCUAUUGAAUAUGGAAAGAAGCUUGGUCUCAUGGAUAUUUUCAGAUUCCCAAGAUCAUAACACUUAUUUUGGUGAAGUGCCAUGUCCUUUGGGAGGUUGAAUCCCCAUGUAAUAUUACAAUUGGAGCAGAUGACAUUCUUGACCCAUCUGCACCAAUAAGGAAGGAAGUCAUGUAUAGUUCGAGCGAGAAUUAAAAGUGUAAUAGUUUAAUUAAACAGACUAAGUAUCUGUUAUUACCUCAGAAAGAAAGAAAAAUCAAGUUUAGUUAAAAUAGUAUGUUCAGCAAAAGUAGUUUACAGAUUGUCUUACAUCAAUUGAAAAUGUUGUAAAAGCCUGUUGGCGUUUGGAUUGAUGGAGUAAUUUUAAUGGAAAUGUGUGGUCAA